AUGCCUCAAACCGGCAAUACCAAUGUCUAUUCAAGCAGCCAUGUGUCUCUUUCAAAAGACUCGAAAACAUGGACGAAUUCUGUUAGCAACGAAGUACCUAGUGCCAAUCCUCCCAAGUUUCGACCCCAUCAAAACGAUCUCGUUAUAGUGCGCACAGGAGCCAUGCGCACGAACAUGAAAGUUUUCUCCGCUGAAGAUGACCGGAAUCCUCUUUAUUCGAUUAAAAUUUCGGGUCUGUUUAGCGACAACACAAAAGUCGAAAUUCUUAAUGGGAUCGACAAGAGCAGCCAUGCUCUUGGCACCUGUCACUUCAACAAAUUCCGCACAUCCCAAAUAAAUUUUCGCUCGUUUGAUGCGCAUCCAUCCAAAAUGGUAUGGGUCGGAGAUCGUGGUAGUUAUUGCUGGUCAUAUUCUCCUCACCAACAUGAUGUGAGGACACAAGAAGAGCAACACUUUAUAUGGAGAAGAGGGGAGCGUACGCCUACAUCCGACUCCUGCGGCAGGCUGAACCUAGAACUUUGUGAUGCAGACAAAUUCGAGGUGUAUGCUGUGUAUGCCGGGGCUGCACCGGGAGCCAGCAAAGACAGUACAUUGCAGUUUAAGAGAAAAUUGGAUGGACAAUGGGAAAUUAUGGUUAUUUUGACACUUUCAGCGCUAGUAGAAAAGGAAAGACAGAAGAGGGGCAGACAAGGGAAUUUCAGUGUUGGGAUGUUGGCAUAUUAG